AUGAUACCUAGACCAGCUCGUCUACGCCUCUUAGUGUCUCCCUCAUCGGCUCAUCUCCCAUCUCUCACCGUUUCUCGUCCAUUCACACGAAAGCUUUCCUCCUCCAGAAGUGAUAAUGGUGAAUUGAAAAUAGCAAUAAUAGGAUCCGGUCCAUCAGGAUUUUACACAGCUUCCAGAAUCCUAAAUUCGAUACCUAAAGAUACACCUAAUGGAGAUAAUGUACAAGUUCAUAUGUAUGAGAGAUUACCUACUCCAUACGGAUUGGUUAGAUAUGGUGUAGCUCCUGAUCAUCCUGAAGUCAAGAAUUGUCAACAUAAAUUCGAUGAAUUAUCAUCCGAUCCACGGUUCAAGUUCUUUGGAAAUGUUCUAUUAUCUUCUCAACCAUCAUCAUCACAAACUGAAUCAACACCUUCAACUGCACUUUCACCUUACACUUAUCCACAUGCAGUUCGAUUAUCAUUCGAUGAUAUCUUACCUUAUUAUUCCACUUUAAUCCUGACUUAUGGAGCAUCACUAUCUAAUCCAUUAUCAUCAGUAUCAGGUUCUUCUUCAUCUUCCAACCCGUUGAAAAACGUAUUACCGGCAUUAGGUUUAGUAAGCUGGUAUAAUUCACAUCCUGCUUUUUCAGAUUUACCAAUAAACCUUGAGGGUAUAGAGGAAGUUUCAGUCAUUGGACAAGGAAAUGUAGCUUUGGACGUAGCUAGAAUAUUAUUAAAACCAGUUAAAUCAUUAUCUCAAACUGAUUUAUCAGAUGAUGUCUUAGAUGUUUUAUCUAAAUCAACAAUCAAGAGAUUAAGAGUAGUAGGAAGGAGAGGUCCUGGUCAAGUAGCUUUUACAACUAAAGAAUUUAGAGAAAUGAUUUCUAUACCAAACGUUUCUUAUAAAGGUGUAAAUCAAGAUUUAAUGGAACAAGCUAAAGAUAUGGUAGGAAAUGAAAGAAUGAGAAAAAGGUUAUUGUCCUUAAUGGAAAAACCUGUAUCGAAUGAUCAAGGAGAUAAAGAGUUCAUAUUAGAUUUUCUUAAAUCACCAAAAGGAUUCAUACCUUCCUCAAGAGAUCGAUCGAAAGUAGGAGAAAUAGAAUGGAAUAUCAAUCAACUUUUAUCUACAACACCUUCAACGCCAACUCCACCUCUGUCACAGGUAUCAGCGGUCCCAUCUGGAAACGAAGUAAUAGCUAGGACGACAGGAGAGACUGUGACUCAACAAGCUGAUUUGAUAGUGGAAAGUGUUGGAUAUAGAUCUGAACCUUUAACAGGAGAACAUGGUGGUUGGGUUUUACCGUUUGAUGUAAAGAGAGGCAGAGUCAGGAAUGUCAGUGGGAGAGUAGUAGAUAAAGAUGGUGUUGUGAUCCCUGGGAUAUAUGCUGCAGGAUGGGCAGCUCGCGGACCAGUCGGUGUCAUUGCUUCAACAAUGCACGACGCAUAUUCCCUCUCUGAUCAACUACUAGAUGACCAUUUCUCCAACCCAUCUUCUACUAGUGGACCAUUGAACCCCAAUCCAGAACAAGGGAUUCCAGAAGCGUUGACAAAGGCUCAGAGACAAGGUGGUAUCGUGGUAGAUCUAGAAGGUUGGGAAAAGAUAGAUAAUGCUGAAAGGGAAAGAGCGAAAAUUAUGGGCAACGGGAAAGAGAGAGAGAAAUUCAGGAAGGUAGAGGAAAUGUUAGCUGUUCUGUCGUGA